AUGAGCAACGUGUUUGUCGAUUUACGUUACAUCCAAAAGGAGUCGGAAAUGGUUCAAAAGAAGUUAGACGAACUCUCCAAAUUAAAGACUGAAACACUUGAAAUCCCAAUUUUGCACGCUUCGGACAGUGUUGAAAAAAGUCUUCAAAACUUCAAGGAGGUAUCAGACAAUCGAUUUGGUGUCAUUCUCAAAUUCAACCAACUGAAGGAGGAAUUGAGUCGAUUGCUCGAAAAUUUCGAAAACCUCACCGACGACUUAAACAACGAGCAACUUGACCUUGUUCAGACAAUUAACUCGCUAAAGCAAAAGUCACUCAGUGCAACAAGUGGAAAAGGUUUCACUCAUCCACUUUUAUCUUUUGAUGACAUUAAAAAGAUUGAGGAAUGGACAAACCUCAAAAUGGCUCACGUUGUUUUUGACUCUUCCACGGACUCCUUUUCAAUGUGCGACUCAGUCUUUGCAAAUAAAAUUGAAAACAAAAAGAACCUUGUCUUUCUUAUUCAGGACACAACAGGCUUUGUCUUUGGUGGGUUUGUUGGGAAAGAAAUUGUUAAGAAAGAGUCGCAAACAAUUGAAGAUGAAAAUUGCUUUGUCUUUGUCACAGAAUCUCAUGGACUCUUGAAGAGUCAAAUGAAAUUUAAAAUAAAGGAAGAACACAAGGGAAUAGCAUUUUUAUGGUAUUUCUUGGACAACGACCAAGAAGGGUUAUUUGGAUUCGCCGAUGAUAUUAUGAUCUAUAAAGAUGGGAUCAAAGAAAGUAGGUUCAACCUUUCAUGCUUUGAGUACGGAGACAAAACAGAGGACUUACUCAAAAUGAGGACGUCAAUUGACCCAUUUGUACCACUACAACUUGUGGUGAUACAAUUGCUUUAA